AUGUGGGGCCGGCUGUGGGGAAGAAAGGCUCUUGUGACCAGUCUGUGGAGAACAACCGCUCUCGGGAGGGACCCAGGGGCCCAGGCGGCUCAGAGAGGGUCGCGGACGAGAAGAGCCCUGUGCGACAAAGCGGCGGACACACCCAAGGUUGCUCCUCAGACGGCCAGUCCAGGCCGCAGCGCAUACAGAAAUGACAGACGACCUACCGCCUUUGAGAAAAAAAUAUUAUUAUGGGCAGGACGGUUUAAAAAGGAAGAGGAUAUUCCCAUGCUAGUAUCCUCGGAGGUCAUCACAGCCGCCAUGAGCAGAGUGAGGAUCCGAGUUUGCUACAUCACCAUGGCCCUGACACUGCUGGGCUGCUUGGCCAUGAUCAUCUCCGGCAAGCGAGCCGCGAGGCAAGAGGACACGCUGCAGAGGCGCAAUCUGGAAAAGAAGGCCAAGUGGAGGGCUGAAGCGGAGACGGAGCUGGAGGCAGGGGCGAUAAAAGCUCCAUGAUCACGACGGGGUUGAUGUCCGGCCGCGGGGGAUCAGUGAUUGGUACACGUGGCCCAGGCUGCUCAGCUACCUCUCGGGCACUGCUUGUCUCCAGUGCUGCCGUGGCAGAUUUCCCCAUAGAAACCUGUUUAUUGAUGAAUUUUGCAACCCUAGUGGAAAUUCCAGCAGAGCCGGGUGUCUGAGCAUUUUGCAUAUGGAGUCAGAAAUCAGUAAAAACCAACUUUUCCCCCAAAUCCACAUUGGCCAGCAAGGAAUCAGCUGAAAGAGGCCACGGGGGAGGGGAGGAAUAUUUCCAAGGUGUUAGCCAGGAACUCAGGAGACCCAGCGUCAAUCAGUUCCUUGCUUUGCCACUGCCCCUCGCAUGACCUCGAUCAGUCACUUACUCUCUUUAUGCCUCAGUUCUCCAUCUGUCAAAUGGGGAUAAGAGCAUUUGACGACUGCCCAGGGGUGUUGUGAGGACAAACUCAUUAAAGAUUGUGAGGUUCCCAAAUACUUUGGCUAGGGCUGGGCAAGUACGAGUUUUCCCAUCCUAGGAAAAUUUGUGAGGUUUCAAAAACUUUUCCCAUCCUAGAUCAGGAUGGAAAGUUGAAAUCCCAAAAGUUGUGGCGGAGAAAAACAAUCAAACCCCACAAUACUGGGGAAGGGGGAAAUCUAAGUGUUUUUUUGUUUCAAUUUUGACCUUUCCCCUUUUUUUUAGAAACUUUUUUUAGUCUCAGUUUACUCACAUUUUGAAAUGAAGUAUCACUUUGAUUCACAAUUCCCAAAAGUUGUUGGAUAGAAGAUGCCAAAAGGGGGCAUUCUGACCAUCAACCGUGUUUUAGCCCAGAAAUAGUUUAGUGAAAAAUUCCCGUGCAACUCUAACUGCACAAGUGGAGGCCGUAUACAUUGCUUGGAUAGAAAAUGUUCUGGAAUUUCUGCUGAAGGGUCCCACCGCCCACUAUAUAUUUGAGAGAGAUUAUCUGUUCAAGAACUCUUCCUAAGUCUUUUGCUCCACUCAUGUGAAGAAGUGGAUUGUGCCCACGAAAGCUCGUAUAAAAUUUUGUUAGUCACGAAAGUACUUCAGGAUCGCUCAUUUUUUAAAGUUCUUUUUAGUGACAGACUAACACGGCUACCCCCCUGAG